AUAGCCAGGGUCACCCUGGCCAUGGUUAAUAGUGCGGAAGAGCAAGCGUACAGAUCUGUUUCCUCCCUUUAUUGACAGCAACUCGCCGGAACAGCUGGACGAUCAAGACAUCAACGCGCUACACACGGACGCACCUUCAGAACUUUGCCGCGGCGCCGAUUCUUGCUCGGUAGCGUGCGAAGGCUCAGCGCGCUCAGCGACGCAGCGUUGAUAGCGCUUCGGCGUGCCAAGGAAGCUUUGAUCGUGCCGCGAGACCGGCGAAACUUGCUUUCGACGAUAUGUGCUUUUUUUCUGCGGCACUGUGCUUCCAAAAAGGUUUUUCAUGUGUUUUCAACAGCAAGUCUCACGACUUGAAUAGGGUUUUAAAGAACUUCCAUUGGAACUUCAUCGGCGAAUGACGACGAGCGAGUGGCAAACGUGAUAUUGCUCCAGCACGUUGGCACCAGCCUCUGCAACGCUAGCUGACGCUAGCGUAAAUGCGAUUUUGACACAUGCAAGAUGGACGGUUACGACGUGUUCGAGUUUGGCACGUUCGUGAGCUCACGACAUUACGUUACGUCACGACCACAGGUUGCACAGGUCACGACUAGAGUCAGUUUCGUUGUUCGCUCUUCGACCUCGCCAAGUUGAGCAUACGAACGCAUUCUGAGAUCCAUCCCCUUUUCUGUCUUUCUUCAAACGUGAGUGAAGCGAGCAAAGUUUGAAUGGAAGGGAAUUGGUUGUGAUCGUAUUCUUUCCAUAGUUCCCCGCUAACUAAUUGAGUUUCUGCUUUUAGAGCCAAAUGACGGUCCUUUUAAGCUCAUGCUCGUAGCUUCAACACAACAGCGUACACGGAGCCACGCACGGAGCUACCGGCUCAUCGCACUCAUCGGCAUCUAGCUCGGCGUGUGAACGAGCAUUCAAGAUUUUUCGAUCACCAUGUAUCGUCUCGCUCUCCUAGCCGUCGCCAUCUCAGCCUGCGGCAUAUGCAUCUUUUCCUGCGGUUUCCUCCUGCAGCGUCGCAUCAUCGAGCGCCGCAGCAACUGUACCGACGUCCUGUACAGAUCAGCGGGGAGUCCGCUGCCCGAAGCGUCGUGCUGGUAUCCACCGCGCUUCAACAAGGCCGUCAUCUUGCUUGUGGACGCCCUAAAACACGAGUUCGCCGUGUACGGGCCACCGUGGGACGAGAGCGAGCGGUACCGGAACAAAAUGCCCGUCUUCGCCGAGCUGAUCGCGAGCGGGGGUCCGAACAACGCCCUACUCGUCAAGUUCAUCGCGGACGCGCCGACGACAACCCUGCAAAGGCUCAAGGGGCUGACGACCGGGAGCCUGCCGACUUUCGUCGAUGCCGGCGCCAACUUCUACCAGACGGACGUGCGCGAGGACAGCCUCGUCGAGCAGCUUUCGUUGAGGGGAAAGCGAACCGUGUUUAUGGGAGACGACACCUGGACCAAGCUGUUUCCGGACAAGUUUUCUCGUACCUACGCUUUCCCGUCCUUCGUGGUUAAGGACCUCCACACGGUGGACAAUGGGAUACUGAAGCACUUGUACCCCGAACUCGAGCGGCCGGAGACCUGGGAUGUCCUGGUGGCUCACUUCCUCGGUGUGGACCACUGCGGACACUGGCUGGGGAAGAACCACCCCGAGAUGGCUGCCAAGUUGAUCCAGCUGGACAAUGUCAUACGAAAUGUGACAUCCCUACUGCCCGACGAUGCACUGCUUGUGGUGAUGAGCGACCAUGGAAUGACAACGGACGGUGAUCAUGGCGGAGAAACGGAGGACGAAUUGGAGGCCGUCUUGUUUCUCUUCGCAAAGAAGCCAUUCCUCCACGCUGACGGAAGCACACACCGCAACAGUGGCUCUGCCCAAACGGAUGAGGUGGUGCAAGUGGACUUUGUGCCAACUCUAGCCCUCCUUCUGGGGUUGCCUAUUCCCUACUCGAGCAUAGGCACACUGAUGCCCCAGGUGUUCCCUGUUUCUUCCCGUGCUGGGGACCUGCUGCCCCUGUGGCUCAACGUCCAGCAGGUGGCCCGCUACCUCGGCGACGUCCCCAACUUUCCGCUAAACUCUGCGGCCCGCCUCUCGGGACUCCGGCAACUCUGGGACGCCUGCCUGGACGGGCGGCCCGGUUCCGCGGACCGCUUCUCCGCGGCCUCCCUGGCGUUCCUCAGAGACGCCCGCCACGUGGCCCACGAGGUCUGGGCCACGUAUGACUUGCCCCUCAUGUGGGGCGGCCUCGCGCUGGCGUUGGGGGGUGCGCUUCUGCUGGUCCGACUCGGAUGUGGAACCCUGGACCUGCAGGCAGUCCGUGGGGCCGCACUGCCGCUCUCCCCUGUUGCAGUGUGCGCCGCCUGCUGGCUGGUCGCGCCCUUCUCGAACAGUUUCGUCGUGGCCGAGGACUCGGUGACGUUGCAUCUUCUUCAGUUGCUUCUUCUGGGUUCGAUGGUGCUUCGGUGGUCCAGUUUCGCAGGAGGCUCCAAGGCCUUCUCCUGGCGGCACGCAAUAGCACUCCUGGUGGCACUGAGGACGCUGGCGCUCUUCUGGCGCUGCCGCGAGGAGCACCACGGUAGCCCCUGCGAGGAGAGUGCCCUGCUGCGCAUCCCGUCAGAACCUGGCGUCUACGGCUUGGAGCGUGUCGCCCUGGCAUGUCUCUGCGCCCUCGGUGUGGCGUUCAAGGGCCUGCCGCCGCGUGGAGAGAGCCUCACGGAGGUCCUGAGCAGGGCCUGCCUCCUCGGGGCCACCUGCGCCCUGGCGGCUCACUGGUUGGUGCAGCUCAAGCCUGCCGCAGAAGUGAACAGGAUCUUGGGGACGCAUCAGGAGCUGCUUCCCAACUUGACGAUGGUGCUGUCGCUGUCGGUGCUGGUGCUGUCCCUUGCCUGCCCUCCCGCCACCCUUGGUGGCCAGCUGCUUGCCCCCGCUGGCGCGCUGCUGCCGCUGUUCGCGCUGGCGGGUGAGAGCUAUGUGCCCGCCCUCUGCCUGCUGGCGGCAUCUGUGCUGGGCUGCGCCCGCCUCUGGGACCUGCUGCAGCCUUCAGACCCCUGGGGCCCUGCACUGAGCUGGCUGCUGCUGGGCCAGCUGGGCUUUUUUGCCACGGGCCACCAGACGACCUUCUCAACGGUGCAGUGGAAGGCAGCCUUUGUUGGAGCCCACUUGGAGGGGCCCCCCAUGGCCCUGGGAAUGCUCAAGGUGCUGGCCAACACCUUCGCAGGCCCCCUGCUCUGUGCCACCAGCCUGCCCCUGCUGGUCACCUCCCCUUUGGACCGGAAAGCGAUGGUGCGCACCGCCACCUGCUACUCUGCCCUGCUCCUGCUUCAGGUGUGCAGCACUAUGGGCUCCUGCUUGCUGCUGCGACGCCACCUCAUGGUGUGGGCGGUGUUUGCACCCCGCCUCAUCUUCCAAGUGGUGUCGGCCGCGCUCUGCCUUCCCGCAGUCCUCGUCGGGUGGGCCGUGUAUCGCAGGACCGUGAAAACGAGGACGGUGUUCCUCCGUCGAGACUAGUAGGACCCUUGUUGCUGUGGACAUUGCGUCAUAGGUUCUUCUGUGGAAACGACCACCAGUGUAGUACUUUUUUUUUUUUAAAUGGGAAAUUCCCUCGGUGAAUUUAGAGCUGUUUCAGACAGCCUUUUCGCUGGUAUCGUCUCAUGUGUGCAAGCAUCGACUGCUCUAAAGGGACGAUCAUGGAACGCCUCAAAUCCACCAAGAACAUUCCCUAUUAUAGUCGCCAAGCACCCAUUGAUCGUGGCAUUUGUAGUGCACUUAGACACUCCAUCAAAGUGUGUAACGUGUGUUGAAAGCGAAGAAGUCAUUGCAUCUGUGUAUUGCUUGUCCCACGUUCACCGAUAGUCUUCUGUGAAGGCUUGUUCUGUGCAACUGUGACUGAAUCCAGUGGCAUACCUAGUCUUAGUUGUGUACAUAAUGUUGGGCCUUGAGGGUAAAGCAAAUUAACCCUUUGUUGACGAAUGUUGCUUUCAGGCCAUGUAAUAAAUUUUUGAACCACAUAA